ACAAAACCCUAUAUAUAUUUUGAAGAUUUUUGUUAUAGUUGUAUAAUACUGAAAUAUCUGCUUUCAUAAUAAGCUUUAGUUUUCAUCAGGUAAUAAAAAAUGGGGAGUAAACUUGGGGGAAUUAGUGAGUCUAAAGGAGUUGCCAACAGCCUUGAGUUGGACAGUCUUGCUCAGUUCGCUGUCGAUGAGCAUAACAAAAAACAGAACUCACUUUUGCAGUUUGGAAAGGUAGUAAGUAGCAAGGAACAGGUGGUAGCAGGCACUGUGCACUACAUCACGCUUGAAGCACUUGAUGGCGGUCAGAAGAAAACCUAUGAAGCCAAGGUGUGGGUUAAGCCAUGGUUGAACUUCAAGGAGCUUCAGGCUUUUGAGGUUGUUGAUGCUGCCGCUUCAGCUUAACUUUCCUCUGGUGAGUGCUGAAAGCUUGAAUACAUGCUGUCGUUAUAUUCAAGCAAACACUAAUAUUUCUAUUGUGAUUGUGAGUUUUUGUUACGUAUGAUAUGUAUGUUAGGACGUGGAUGAUGUUGGAAAAUGAUCUAUUACCUAUUAUUUAACAUGUAUGUUUCUAAACUUUAAGUAGUCCGUUCUGAAAAAUUGGUUCUUUAUGUUCA